CUACAGCCGCCAUACCGGGCGCUCAGCUUUUCUCCACAUCGGGUAUGUGGAGGAAGGAUCGUCCUCUACGGAGAUGGUUGCGGGGGUCCCCGGUACUUUGCCCGGACCUAAACACUCUUCGAAGAUCCGGCAUCCGGACUCUCAGGCUGAAGACUUACCUCUGAUUGUUUCCUCUGCCUGUGGUGCCUCUCCCCAUAUUGCUCUCAACUCAGUCGCUGUCGCCAUCAAUAUCAACACCAAAAUGUCCGUCACACUCACCGAGAACCGAGUAACCUACUCGCUGGGCAGAACGCUCGCCGACUACGACUUGCAACACAGUGGUGAAGACUCCGACGUCUCAGCAGCUCCCAACUCUCGUUCUGCGCCGGAGGGUACCAGCAACAAUCCAUCAGACUGGGAGGACAACUUCCGCCGUGUCCCCGACUAUCGCCCGGUAGACACCUCACUCGACUUUUCAUACCGUGACACUACACAAAACGGCAUCGAGCGAGCUUUCAUUUGGAAUAUGUUCAACGGAAUUGUUCUCACAUCGGCGACGAACAGACUUUGGAGAGCUACAGGAGGCAAGAUCAACAACACAUACUUCCGCUGGCAGGUGUUCUGGAGCUGCGUCUUCUCGUUAAAUCAAACAUUUUCCCGUUAGCAAGUUCUUUUUUAUGUGCUAUAGUCCCGAAACUUGAGAAUUAAAUGUAAAUGCUUAUCAACCUUGAUG